AUGCAAUACUUCACCAUCAUCGUUGCCUUUCUCGCCGCUACUACCCUUGCCAAAGACCGCAACCACGGCCAAGGAGGCCGUGGCAUGCUGGUAUGCAAGUGGGCAGCCCAAGGUUCGUCAGCACCACCAUCAAACCAAAUCUAUUACGACCCAUCUAAUCCCUUUAUCAAACAGGCCAAGAAGACUUCGCAGAGCAAUGCGAGACUCACAUCAAGGAAGCCCCCAGCGAGAAUUGCGCAGUCUGCAUACGUGCCUGCCGGGCCUACGACAGACUCAAUGGAACCGACGCAAUUUGCGAACGUUGCUUGA